AUGGCAAGAACACCAACAAUAAUCUUGCACCUUCUCGUAACCCUUAUUGUUUGCAUCCUCUCCAGCGCAAGAACAUCCUCCUCUUCAGCUUCCAGCAGCGAUGUCGAUGGAUUCCUCAGCUGCCUCUCCGCGGACAUUCCGCCUUCCCUCAUCUACACCCCAGCAAACAACAACUUCUCUUCGGUCCUUGUGUCCUCUGUCCGGAACCUCCGCUACUACGUCACGCCAGACACCACCAUGAGCCGGCCGCUGGUGAUCGUUGCGGCCACCGAGCCCGCCCAUGUCCAGACCACCGUGGUCUGUGGCCGCCGCCACAGCGUCCACAUCCGCACGCGCAGCGGCGGCCACGACUACGAGGGCCUCUCCUACGCCUCUGUGGACCCCCACCGGCAUUUCGCCGUGCUCGACCUCGCUGCGCUCCACGCGAUCCACGUCGACGCCUCGAGAGCCGAGGCCUGGGUCGGGUCAGGCGCCACGCUCGGCGAGCUCUACUACGCCGCCGCCGCCGCCAACUCCACGUUCGGGUUCCCCGCCGGCAACUGCCCCACCGUGGGCGUCGGCGGCCACCUGAGCGGCGGUGGGUUCGGCGCGCUGUCGCGCAAGUACGGCCUCUCCGCCGACAACGUCCUCGACGCCGUGGUGGUGGACGCCGAGGGAGGCUGCUGA